AGUCUACCAGAGUCGUCGUAUAGCAACCUCAAGGUCUGCACUUCUUCUUUCUUCGUCGCGAGCAAAGGGGCAACUUGCUUCUCUCCUUAUCCGCAUAGUUUGGAUUGAUUCACUUCCUCGCAGAGUAUUAGAAGUACCAUUUGUUGUAACUCCAAUCCAACGAACGAUGCUUCUCCCCACCAACUACUUUGUACUCCUACCAUUCUUCCUUGUAAUGCUGGCAAGUUGUGCCGCUUCUGAUAACAAGGCAUCGGCGAAGGAAGAAAACAGCGGAUGCACUCAGCCAAAAGAGAUGGAACUUGCUGCGGCGAAGAUUGUCAAGGGAGUUGUCCGAGACUGUGAAGGAUAUGAGGACGACGACGAGGCAGAGGCACUAUGUGUUCUCAAAGGAUUCACAAAGUAUCUGGCACGAACAAUGGAGGAGCAGGGAUUUGAAGCGACUGUGAGGGACAAGCUGGCCACGUCGUUGGAGGCAUAUUCUUGCUCCGACAACUCGUUGUCAUCAAGUAAUCCUCUUCGUAGCGAAACCUGGGAAGAUCCCGUGUCGCAGCAGACUCUCCAGAUACAAGUCAUGCAGGAGCACGCCUCCAGCAAGAUCCAUCUUAUUGAAAACUUUGUCAGUGCUGAGGAAUGCCAGGCAAUUAUCGACCAGGCCAACGUGACAGGUAUGAGCAAUGCUUCUGUGGCUGGUGGGCAGCUAUACUCGAGUAUUAGGAAGGCGUUGCAGACGAACGUUGCAGUACCCUGGGACCUAGAGCACACAGGGCAUCCAAUAUCUCGAGCAACCAGGCGAGUCUAUAACUACGCAAACCAUGUCCUCAAGGGUCUUCACCUCGACGAGGCGGGUCAAAGCACACUCAAGUUUAUCCUGUAUUCGGGAAGAGGUCAAAACGACACGGAACCUGAUCUCUACAAUAAUCACUGCGACGGUGCAUGCGACGGAUCCCAGCACCGGACUGGUGGAAGGGUAGCGACAAUGAUCAUGUACUGUGGCACAGCUACAAGUGGUGGCCACACCAACUUCAAGAACGCUGGUAUCCACAUCAAUCCGAAAACUGGUGAUGGUUUGUUCUUCAGCUACAUUGAUCCAGAGACCAUGAGAAUGGACAACGGCUUUUCAAUGCAUUCUGGAUGUCCCGUAUACGUGGGGGAAAAGAAGGUUGUUACCCAAUGGCUUCGACUAGGGGUUAGCUCUUCUCGUCCGUACGGUGCUUUUCGAGGAGUCUUCUGAGGGCUGCGGUAUGAAAUAAUGCACCAAAAGCUACAUGAGGACAGCUCGUGGCCAACGGUGUGUCUGAAAUGAAACGAAGACACAGAACAAUUAACUCUAUUAAUGACACGAACUCAACAGGC